AUGCCAAAGGAAGACAGAGACAAGAUUCACAGAUAUUUGUUUCAAGAAGGUGUUGUUGUUGCCAAGAAGGACUUCAACCAACCAAAACAUGAAGAAAUUGACACCAAAAACUUGUACGUUAUCAAAGCUUUACAAUCUUUGACUUCCAAGGGUUACGUCAAGACUCAAUUCUCAUGGCAAUACUAUUACUACACCUUGACUGAAGCUGGUGUAGAAUACUUGAGAGAUUACUUGCAUUUACCAGAACACAUUGUUCCAGGUACUUACAUGCAAGACAGAUCUGCUACUGUCAGACCACAAAGAAGAUACUAA